AUGCUAUUAAUUAUCUUAAUUCAAGAUGAGUAGAGUCCAUCGGCCAGUAGAUACUUAAUAAAUAUAAAAACAACUAUUAAAAACAAAGAAGCCCUCAAAAAGAUUAAGGAAAAGUUCAAUAACUCAUUCGAGUCAUAAUAGUUAGAUGAUAAAAUAAACACAAAUGAAGAUCAGCACAUUUAGUUAGAUGAGAAUGUUAAUGAAUCAAUGAGAAGCAAAAAUGCUAAUGUCAGUUAUGUAUUGGAGUCUGGCAGCAAAGUUGCUACAGGCAAUAAGGAAAUAAUGCCAGAUAUUAGAAAUAAAUUUAAGACUCCUCAAAAGGUCAGAUAAGUUUAAAAGUGGCUGAAAUGCCUAAAAUUAAAUCUAAACUCAAAUUAUCUCAGAUAAACCCAUAUCAAGAUUUAAGCAUACAAAUUAAGAACUCUAAAAUUAGUUGAAAUCACUUUCAGCCCUAUAAACUAUCUCAAAAUGAAAGCAUUGAAAAUUUAAAAAGCAACAACAGUCUUAACCUAGAAACUUCAGUUCUGCAAAAGAAAAGUCAACUACAAAGUGCAGCUUAUCUACCUGAAAUAAAUCAUUCACCUUAGAGUCAAUCAUAAAGAAUAGACUAAAGCAUUAUUCAGCAUUAUUAAGUAAAGAUCAGCAUCUAAACAAGUCAAAACAUUGAUGUACCGUGUUAGCAAAAUAAUGUGUGCAGGUGAUGAAAUGCACAUCAAACUGGAACGAAAUGAGAGAACAAAUUUAGAAGUUAUUGAAGGUACAUCCUAAUUUCUCAAAGUACAAAUCGCUGGAAAGGUACCUCCAUUGAAGCUUUACUUUGAUUAUGAAAAUUAUAGCAAGACCGAUUUAAAGGUAUGUAUAUCAAGAAAAUCAAAACUGCCAAAUGCUAGUAAUAGUGAAAAAGUACAAAAUAGGCCUAAAAUUAUUUCACUUGAUUCAGUUGAUCCUUAUUAUCAGCAAAUGUAUGCCUAUAUUGGUCUCUACUCUGAUUUUGGGUGCAAUUUCACUUUAAAAGUUGUCUUUCCUAAAGAGGAAUUCAAGGAGAGAUCAAUAGAUUAGGGUAUAGCUGUGUCCUAAAAUCCUAAUGUCUUUGUGAAUCAAGGCUCCUAAUCCAAGAAGUAACAGAAGUUCAAACUAGAGAUACUUAAGAAGAUUAAGGAUAUCUCUGAAGAUCCAAAUCAGCUUGAAGAUUUCAACAACAUUAUAGAGGAGUUAAGGAAAAAGAGGAAUAAAAAGUCAGUUAGAGGUAAGGAGGAGGACUACAUUAUUAGAAAUAAAUCUGUGCUCAAUGAUUGGACUACUUUAUAAAAAGAACAGUUGAAGGUUAAGAGAGCUUAAGAGAAAGAUAUUUCUGCUAAAUAAAUGGAACAUCCUUAAAAUCAAAGUACUUUUAUGAAUUUGAUGUUUAUUAGAGAGGCGAACUUGAGAAAAAUUUUAGAGAAAAAUAUGAAAAGAUGUCGAAAAAAUUUGUUCGGAAGUGUGUAAGGCAGGUUGUUUUUAAAUUCAGAAUAUAUCUCAAAAAAUUUUCUACUCAAAGAAAAGAUAGAAUAAAAAAACAAAUAUAAAAUGUAUUCUGAACUUAGUAUUGAUAAUCUUGAAUAAAGAAGUAAGACUGUCAUUAUGCAAUUCCUUACAGAUACUUCCGAGAGUUUUGCACUUACUAGAGCUUUUAUCCUGCUCAACUAAAGAAUCAUAAAGAUUCAAACUUUCUUUAGAAAUCAAAGGCUCUUAGACUCAUACCGUAUUUAACUAUUGAAAAGGAGUUGGAAUUUAUAAAAAGACAAAUUAUAAAAGAAGUAUCUGAAAUCAAAUAGCAAAGGAAGCAAGUUGAAGCUUAAGAAAUUGACUAUGCUAACAGAAUAGGUUAGAGAUCAUUAUAUUGAAAUGUACUUUUAAAGACAAAAGUACAAAUAUAACUUCAAGUAUUUUUCUGCAAAAGGCUGGACUUUAGAAAAUGAUCUAAUGCAAAAGUAUACUGCAGACAUUAAGAAACUUGACAAAAAACUCGGACUUAACAAAUUUUAAGAGCAAGUUUAUAGCAAUGUAAGCAACAUAAACACCUAAAUACAAGCUGGAGAGCAGAGCUUAUAACUCAGGAAGGAUUCAGUAAUAAAAGAACCAAUUUAAAUAUAAUCGAUUCAGUAGUAACAUCUACCAAAUAGUAACAUACCUGCUAAAGAAAGUAGCCAGCAAAAGACUGACAAAAAAAAUCCAAUUCAGCAGCCUUAGGCUAUCAAUAAUACUUCAGUUAAGCAAUCAUAGCCUAAUAAGCUUUCAGCUAACAUUUAAACUGCAAUUCAUCAGCAAAUUUCUCAAAACUUAAAUACUACUCGAGCUAGGGCCUCAUCUCAUCACGGUAAUUCUCGAAGUUUCAAAAAAUCAAGAGGAAAAAACAGCAAUAAUCAUCAUGGCUCUGGAAUGAGCUCUCAGUAUUUAGGAGAGGGUUAAUUGAUGAUGAGAUUAUUCUUUUAAUUUUCCCCAACCCCCGAGCUAGUGAAGACUAUCAUUAGUAAAGCUUUGGAAGUUGAAGAGAAGAAAUUAACCAAGGCACAGAAAAGAAUUAGCCAUUUAGGUGCUGAUGUAGCAUUGUUACAGCAAGAAAACUAAAAAUAAGAAGACUAAUGA